AUGUAUGAACCCCAGCAUUUACUGGAUUUACAGGACAACAAUGGAUUCGGGUCGGAUCCCAAGUCAUGGCUCUCCGAAGGCAACUCCGGCGGUGGUGGUGAAGGCCAUUCAACUCUCGCCAGCACUUUGUCUUCUCUCUCCGCUGCUGCCGCCAACGCCUCCGCCGCCAGCAACGUCGACCGCGUCCUCUUCAACAACCUCGUUGAAAUCGUCCCUCUCGUUCAGUCACUCAUUGAUCGGAAAGCGAAUUCUUCUUUUACUAGACGGGGUUCUAUGAUUUAUACCAAGACGCCUACUAAGGAAUCCAUAUACAACAAGACAGCAAGAAGGAAUGCUGCUCAAUCAAUUCCAACAAGAAAGCAUAGAGACCUAGAAGAUAAGGACGAAAAUAAACAUGUUGUCGAUAGCCAAGAUGGACAUGCUGAUAAUGUAUCAUUAUUUUCCUCGAGGUCAUUUCAAUUAGAAAAGGAAAGAGAGGAAUUGAUAGCACUGUCAGAACAAGUGGGGGAUCUGCAGAAGAGAAUAUCACAAAAAGAUGAACUUCUGAAGUCAGCGGAACUCUCAAAGAGUGAGAUGGCUUCCAUGUAUACACGACUUGAUGAACUUAAAAAUGAGAUUACAGAAAAGGAAUCGUUAAUCAAGUCUACUCAACUACAGCUCUCUGAUGCAAAGAUUGAGCUUGCUGACAAACAAGCAGCUGUGGAAAAAUUACAAUGGGAAUCAAUGACUUCCAACAAAAAAGUGGAGAAGCUCCAGGAAGAUCUAGAAAUGGUGGAAGGACAGGUUUCAUCCAUGAUGGUAUUGAUUCAGGGCUUGGCCAGGACUCAUUCUGCCCUUUCGGUUGAAGACUAUGAUGACGUUCCUCACCCUCUGGACCAUGAUCAUGGUUUAGACAACUUAAAUGAAAUCGAAAGGAAGAAACUGGAGGCAGCAAGAGAAGCUUAUAUUAUUGCUGUUGCUGCUGUAAAGGAAAAGCAAGACGAAGAGUCUAUUGCUGCUGCUGCCAAUGCAAGAUUACAUCUACAAUCACUUGUUUUAAAACAAUCUUAA